UCGCGGCCCGCGCUGCCGCCUGUGCCCGCCGGGCGCUGGGGCGGGAGGGGGUUGCUCCUCCCUUCCGCUGGUGCUUCCCCCAGGUGUGAAUGUUGAGGGAUGAUUACGCCCCCCCUUAAAAAAAAAAAAAAGAAAAAAGAGUUGGAAAGACGGUACCUACACGGGCAGCCGGGGCCAUGCGCUGCCCUCUCCCGGUGGGCCUCUCCUGAGUCGGGGCUCUCGGCCGGGGCAGCUCUGAGGGCGGUUGUUUCCUGAGAUGUAGUUUCGGAAGGGCACGCGGCUUUUAGCGGUGCCCUCGGAUUUUUUUUAAUUUAUAUUUUAAUUUAUUUUUGUGGGGAGGACCCGGCUCCUCCAGCGGUGGCGAGCGGCCAGGCUGGCGUGCGGGAGCGGGGACCGGGCGGCCUGAUGGCAGCGAGCUCAUGUGCUCUGUAGAGAGGAGAAACCCCCUGUGCCCCCUAAAAACGCGGCCGAAAAUCAGAGUAGCAAAGCCAGCAGAAGCACGGAAAAUAAGCUGAGGACAGAGAAACAAGAGAAGACUGAGGAGAUGGGGUAUCCAUAACUUUGAGCUGUGCUUUAUGAACACGAAAAGGGGCCUACCAACUCGUCUGAACGAGUGAAUUAUCAUCGAACCAAGGGAGAAUUUCUACCUUAAACCAAUACAGGAAAGGAACGCUAUAAAAGCUGGUUCUGCUUGAGGCUGCUCUCCUGCUUUGUCUGUACUUCUCUAGUCUUAGUGGGUGAUGUCCCAGCAGCUCUGACGCUCAGAGCCCGGUAACCCACUCGGCAGGAGCAUUUGGAAACAGUCAUGGAUGACUAUGAUAUCAGGUCUGCCGCCAGCAUUUUAGCGUCUGUUAAGGAGCAAGAAGCUCGAUUCGAGCGGCUGACCCGCGCACUCGAGGAGGAGCGGCGCAAUGUCUCCUUGCAGCUUGAGCGUGCCCAGCAGCCCGCAGAGCGAAUGAGCAUUUGCAACAUUGGCAAUGGUCAGCCCCUGGCAACCGCCUGGCAGCAGCUGGUUCUGCAGGAACAAAGCCCCAGUAACCAGACAUCAAUAGCAAUGAUGCAAGAGCCCCAAGAAAUGGUGGAAGAGACAGUUACUGUGGAGGAAGACCCAGGCACCCCCACCUCCCAUGUGUCUAUUGUCACUUCUGAAGAUGGAACCACAAGGAGAACUGAAACCAAGGUGACCAAAAUGGUCAAAACAGUCACUACCAGAACAGUGCGGCAGGUGCCCCUUGGGCCUGACGGCCUGCCGACGAUGGACGGCUCGUCGCCCAUGGGCAGCUACACAGACUCCAUAGACAGGAGGUACAUGAAGAACGGGGAGCGGUACAUCACACCUCAAGCAUCAUCCACCUUAACCAGAUCUUACAACAACUACAAUGAUUCUUACCCCGAAAGCCACGAAGGCCAGUAUCGCCCUUAUAUCAGUCACGAUGGUUACGGUGACCUAUCUGAUAACUACGGCAGCUUGUCUCGUGGCGUCAACUACCGUCCUCGCUACGCCUACGUGCCAGGAAGCAAUUACAGGCCAGAUGAUGGUAGCUUCACUUUGCCGGGCAGAAGGGAUAACUAUGGUCCCGUUGCCCAGCCUCAGGUGCCCGUAGGCAGCAACGUUGACUUGAACCGCUCCCAGCCAGAACGCUUCCAGCCCGAGCCCUAUGGACUGGAAGAUGAUAACCGCAGCCUUGGAGUAGACGAUGAAGGGUAUGAACUGGAUCCUGAUUACUCGACUGUGAACCGGAGGACAUCUGCAGGUGUGCCAGAGAGAGGAAGACCUCACAAAGGAAGGGGCUACGAUGACCCCAUCGAGACAGAGAUGGUCGAGGAGAGGAUCCCGUACCUUCACGGCGGCUACGCGGCCCCGCUGGCACAGCCGGAGAGAGGCAGCAUGGCCAGCAUUGACCGGCUGGGGAAGCGCUCCCCCUCCAUCGACAGCAUUCGGAAAGACCCCCGGUGGAGGGACCCCGACCUCCCCGAAGUGAUCGCCAUGCUCAGCCACCCCAUCGACCCGGUCAAGUCUAACGCCGCAGCCUACUUGCAGCACUUGUGCUACGAGAAUGAUAAAAUCAAAAAGGACGUGAGGCACCUCAAAGGGAUCCCCAUCUUGGUGGGCUUACUCGAUCAUCCAAAGCCAGAGGUCCAUCGUAAGGCCUGUGGGGCUCUCAGAAACAUCUCCUAUGGGAAGGAUAAUGAAAACAAGGUGGCUAUAAAGAACUGUGAUGGGAUCCCUACAUUGAUCAGACUAUUGCGAAAAACAAAUGACAUGGAAGUCAGAGAGUUAAUUACAGGCACCCUGUGGAACUUGUCCUCCUACGAGCCCCUGAAGAUGGUCAUCAUCAACCACGGCCUGCAGACGCUCACCAACGAGGUGAUCAUACCCCAUUCAGGUUGGGAGAGCGAGCCCAAUGAGGACUCGAAGCCUCGCGAUGCCGAGUGGACAACUGUCUUCAAGAACACUUCUGGUUGCUUACGGAAUGUGAGUUCGGACGGAGCAGAGGCGCGCCGGAGGCUGCGCGAGUGCGAUGGCCUGGUGGAUGCUCUGCUGCACGCUCUCCAGUCUGCAGUUGGCAAGAAGGAUACAGACAACAAGUCUGUGGAGAACUGCGUGUGCAUCAUGCGGAACCUUUCCUAUCAUGUCCAUAAAGAGGUCCCCGGAGCUGAUAAGUACCAAGAACUAGACGCCAGUCAGACAACAAGCACGGGAGGCUCUCAGAAGAAGAAGAAAGAUGACGCUGGUUGUUUUGGUGGAAAAAAAGCCAAAGAGGAGUGGUUCAAUCAAGGAAAGAAGAAUGGAGAUUUGGACAGGAAUUUUGAUACACUUGAUUUGCCUAAGCGAUCCGAAGCAGCAAAAGGCUUUGAAUUGCUGUACCAGCCAGAUGUGGUCCGACUGUACCUCUCCAUCCUCACCGAAAGUCAGAACUUCAACACUCUGGAAGCUGCAGCAGGGGCUUUGCAGAAUCUCAGUGCUGGCAACUGGAUGUGGUCCACGUACAUCCGUGCAACAGUGCGGAAGGAGAGAGGCUUACCAGUGCUUGUGGAGCUGCUCCAGUCUGACUCUGACAAGGUGGUGAGGGCUGUGUCAAUUGCCCUGAGAAAUCUUUCCAUGGAUCGUCGCAAUAAAGAUCUUAUAGGUAGUUAUGCCAUGGGUGAGCUGGUAAGAAAUUUGCCCAGCAGGCAACAGAGAUCUGCAAAGAACCUGGAAGAGGAUACAGUGGUUGCAGUGUUGAACACCAUCCAUGAAAUCAUUACUGACAGCUCAGAAAAUGCAAGGUCUCUGAUCCAGACACAGGGCAUUCAGAAGCUGGUAGCUAUCAGCAAGUCAAGCCAGUCUCCCAGAGAAACAAAAGCAGCAUCUCACGUUCUUCAGAUGAUCUGGAGCUAUAAAGAACUACGGAAUGCCCUGCAGAAGGAUGGGUGGAACAAAUCACACUUCCAGUCUGUUUCUGCAACUCCAAAGGGUUCCAAAGGUACUGCUGGCAGGUCUGGCUAUGAUGACAGCACUUUGCCUCUCGUGGAUAAAAGUCAAGAUAACGAGAAGGCUGGGAGUCGUGACAUGAUACCUAUGGAUGAACUUGGCCCAGAUGGGUACUCCACCAUCGAUCACCGGGACAAGGAGCGCAAAUACAAGACCAGUGAUAACACAGGAGAUGCCUCAGAGAAAGAACCUUUAAAAAAUGACACAAAUAGGAAAAACAUUAACAGGAGUAACAGGGCUUCGGUGAAUCUGGUGGAUGCCCGUGACAUUAAACCCCAGCCUGUUGACUCCUGGGUCUAAUUUGCAUGCAUGGGCUAGAGUCCAAACACAUUUUUUUUAAUUGAGGGGGAGAAAUAAACAUUGAAUUGACCCAGAGGAUCUCAUCAGUCACCACUGCCAUUCAGAUUUGGAGGGCGCUGCAUCACUGACCGGCUGCAGAUUCCAGGAGGACGUGGGGAGAAAACACGACUGCCUGCCAUUGCCAACCCGGAGCACCAUGCCUUACAGCGAGACAGUUUGCUUUUUAAUUCAGUUACAUUCCCAGCAGAAAUAGCCACCACCUCCCCCUCCUUCCCACUCCUGCAAGAAGCAAGCAAGCAAGAAAAGAAAUCCAAGCUUCCAUCUAGCUGGCUGCGUUCUUAGGCAGUGACUCUUACAUGUGGAUGGUGCCAAGUAUGAGAAGUGAAGGUCGUGUGGCAGCAGAUGGCUUCACAAAUGAAAGAGAGACUGCAGAAUAUUUGAAAUAAUAUCAUAGGUGUAGCCAUGAAGAUAAUAGCACUUUUCUGGUUUGGGGCUCGUUGUUUUAUUUUUCUGUUUUGGGGGAUUUCUUUUGAACUGUGAAUCUAACAUUUUUAAAGGCUUUUUGAAACAUGUUUAAGUUUUCUUUAUUAUUUCCACAGAAAGUGCAGGAAUGUUGAGUGGGUUUGUUGGAUUUCAAUGAAGGGAAAAAAUGCAGAACAAAAACGCUGGUCAAGUGAACUGGAGAGUGGAUGACAAAAUUGAUGCAAGCUGUAUAAUCUGCUUUUAGAGUAAGCUAUAUCAAUCACAGUGCUAUAUUAUCGUUAUAAUCUGGUGUACAAUACUUCUGCCUUUUGAAUUCUGUAAUGGCUCUGUUUUUAUGUCCACAUAUUGAAAAGCAGUUUAUUGAAGGUUUCAGUGUCCCUGGUUCAGAAGUCUAUGCUGAGGAAUGGAGUUGGCUGGCUUUUUAUUUUCUUGUUCUCAAAGAUUGCAAUAAGGAGCAUUUUAAAUGUACCAGUGUUGCAUUGAUGAUUAACAAUUUCUUUUGCCAUGGCUGUUAACACACUGCAAGAAAAUAGGAGCUUUUUUGUAGGAUGUCUUAUUUUGAACAUGCUGUAAUUUUAAAUGGGUCUGUCACUUAUAUUUUAUGGUAAAUUUAUCACUAUUGGAUCCAUGUUUGCUUUGGGCUACAGAUUCUGAAGAAAAGUGCCACAAAGGGAACUGGUUUGGCAUUUUUUAAAUGAUCAUCGUGAUUUCUGUGUUCCUUUGGUUUUCUUUUAAGAUUACAUAUUUCAGUUGAUGUGAAAAUCACCCACGUGCAACAGUUCUCCUCUGAGAUGCCAAGGCCUGCACUGCGUAAGGGGGAAUUUUUACCUCACAAGAACGUCCUCUGCAUAUAUGGUACCUGAUAAUGCCGUGAACUAAAUGACUUCAGAUCACUGAUUUUCUCCAGGCAUUGGUCACGAUGAGCAUAGGAAGCAAUUUGUCUCUGUAGUAACAUCAGAGGACUUUUGCUGAUUUUUGUUUGAUUGCCACUGUUCUUUGCCACGUUUAGUUUUAAACAAGCUCCUAAAAUCGGUGUGACUGGAAAGCACAUUUUGAGUUUAGCAAACAUCAUUUGCGGUUUUCAGUGCCUGCCAUUUCCUUUGUAAUUAAAAAGGGGAAAUACCCAACAACCUCACCUCCCCCAAAAUAUUAUUGUAAUAGUAAACAUCUAAAAUUUUUGUAAAAAAAUAUUUUAAAACUUAAAAAAAAAGGCAAGUACCAAGAGCUUUGUAUCUUCUUGAGUAUAUAAAAAAUUUGACAUGAAUACAUAUAUAUAAAUAAAUAAAUCUAUAUAUCUAUAUAUAUAUUGUUGUGCAGAGGAUAGGUUAACAAAACCAUGUGUGAAGUAGUUUGCAGGAGAGGGAAGCAUUUGUUGAUUCAGGGAAAAAGACUGAUGCCAGAAGUUGUCAGUGAUUUGGAUGAUACAUGUGCUCCUUCACACCCUCCCUUUUUGACACUAAUCUUCCAGGUAUGUUGCAGUGGUCACUUCUGGAUCCUGGGGAAGGUCAAGUUGCUUGGAGCAAAUGAAAAUAGCAAAGGUUUGUUUUUUCACCUGCAUGACAGUCCUGUUGGGCCAAAGAUGCUCAGUGGAUCAAGGGAAGCGAAGAGAUACAUCUGUGAUUAUCUGCUUUUGUGUUGGGGCAGUGUCUCUCUAUGUGUAGACAUAAAGUGUGACAAUGAAACCAGAUACAUAGUCUGACUGUAUAUUAUAUCAAUGGUGCUCUUUUCAUACUUGUUCUGCCAAUACGCGGAGACCCUUUUAACCAAGCUACACAGAAGAGUUUUAUAUCACUUUUGGUUAUGUACUUGGUGUAUUCUUUUUGUAUAUGAAAGGAUUUUUUUAAAAACGUUAAGUAAUUAGCAAUGGAACCUGCUUUGUAGCUGAUUAGAACAGUGUAAGAGAAGGGCCAUGCUGUCAGUCUGUCCCUGAUCUACUUCAAACCAUAUAUUUACCAAAGGAGUCUGAGCAAAAGUUCAUUUAAAAUAAAAACCUAACUGUUGAAAGGAGUCUCUGCUAAGACUUUGUGAUUUAGUUAUUGUACAGAUAUUUUAAAGCCAGCAAGAGGUUAACAGAGAAAACUGUAGGAAAGGGGAAGUGAAGUGACUAAGGGCCAGUUAUGGCCAUGACCUCCUAUCCCAGAUAUCACAUGGCUCUCAGUGGGCACUACAGGGACACUCAAAAUCUGGAUUGGCAUCUAGUUUGGUCUCUGUCAUUAGUGGGCUAAGAACACUGAGGAGUAGUUGAGAAGCAAAUUCGACCCCAUGUGACUUUCCCCAAAAAAUCCUUUUUGUAUGUACACUGCGUCCUGCGAUAAAGAAACUUUCCUGUCAGGUUAGAUGGUGUUGCCUGCCCAGGGUCAUUGUAGCAAACUGUUCAUUUUCCUGGGGGCAAGUGUUCUGGCAGCCAGCGUAGUUGUGAGCUGACAACAUGGUUUAUUGCUGCAGAAAAGCAAAGGGUGGUACAUCAAGAAGUCAAAUACCAAGUCAAUGGGCUAAGACUUCCCCUGGAAAUCACACGUCUUACCCCUUCCCUUCCCAUGCCUUACAAUAAUGAUGAAUUCCCAAAUAUGUAGCAAUAACCCAUUAUUUACAUUACUGUGGUUUUUUUUUCUUUUCACUAAACUCUUGUUUGGAUAUUGAGGAAGGAAAAUGGAUUGUGGGGUGACUUGCAUGUGAGACUAUUGCCUUAUAUUAAUCAGCCCACCAGCUGAAGUCCAAAGCAAGGUACUUUGAACCAGAUCGGGUGAUCUGAUGUCCUUUUUAUCUAUGGCCACAAGCUUGCUGGUGGGAUGCCUGCCCGUACCCCUCCCCUUGCUGGCACAAGUGUGACUGACUGGUUGAGCUGUUCUGGUAUGUGGGUGGAUGAACCCGUAAUUGUUGUGUUUUGGCAGCAGGGACUGUAUGUCAAGAAGGGAAAGCGGCAGUGUGUGUGACUAAAGCUGCAGUAGGGUCUAAAGUCUGCUAAAAGGCAGGCGAUGCUUUUUAGGGCUCAGGUAUGUGACUUCCUUCUGUUGGCUCCACUGUGAAAACUGAAGGGAAUCUGCCUGCAAAGGGGUGGGAUGGAAAAGAUUUUCUACUUGCAGAAAUUCUAGCGGGAAGAAUGGUUGUGGAAGGAAGUGAUGGUAUUGCAAAACUCCUGAUGAAGAGGAGGAGGCGGUUUGAUGGCCCAGUGAGGGCUGAGAUAACACAGGGUAGAGGGAGACUUCUGAUGGCAUGUUAUUAGUGCAGAACUUUCUUCCCAGGGAGGUGGCCCGCAUAUCUCCCAAGCAUCUUUACUAAGCUGUGGAGGUUUAAAAAAAACAUUGUGUGUCAAGACUCCCCUGGAGAAGCAUCAAGUUUUGUUGUUGAGUACAUGAGCAAUUGUACUUGUGCUUACAACAUCUGGGGUUGGUCUGUCUGUCUGAAGAAUUCAAGGAGGAGAGUGGAAAUGCAGGGCUUUAGGACAUGUUGUUUCUUUCUUGGAUUUAAGUAGCAAUUUAACCUUAAGUGUAACUUGACAACUCAAGAUGUGUUGCCAGCUUGAAAUGUUCCCCAAAGAACAGCUUGGGCAGCCAUAGGUGCUGAUCUUUAAUGUCUUCUGGCCAAAACACCUGCCUGGUUCUGCUCUUGUGCACUCUGACACGCCAAUCCUGAAUGUGUCUGUAUUGGGAAAACAAAUCUGGUUUCUGCCAAGACAUCACAAAAGGGACCAACUUGGGGAGUAGGAACUGACUUGCUGUGACACAUCAAGAAAGCAGGGGGUGGCAUGUUCAUUAUAGCAGAUGAGCAAGUUCUUGCCAGCUCUGAGGAGUAGUCUUCAGUGAUUUUCAUUUUUUUUUCUAGCACGCAAGGCUUCUGCUAGGCAAAGCAGUUUUCACUCCUAGAGCAGUUCUAUGAGACUGAAGGUGGUGAGUUACCUUCUGUUACUUGCCUUAAAGCCGAGUGUGUCGGCUCAGCUGCCUGCAAGAGAGGUGCACGUUAAACCCUUCGAGGCAGCAAAGCUUUGGAAGCCAAACGGGCAUAUGGCAGCGGUUACAGCCUCUGUGCUGUCUGACUGCCCACUCGGUGAAAACAACAGUGUGCCGAUAACUUCAGCCAGCAUUUUUGUGCUGUUGGGGUGGAGUUGUGCUCUCACAGUUUUUGAAGGGGUUUAUAUAGGCUUCAUUUCUUGCAAAAUUUCUUUGUUUUGAUGCCCCUAAAAUCUGGUGUUUCCUUUGACAGAGAAGUUCUCUGAUUUAUUGGUACAAUGACUAACCUAGUGCAUUUAAGGAGAAGGUAUUAUGAACCUUUUUUUCUGUCUGAAGUUUUACAUCAGGGUAGGAUAUUCUGAAGUCCAAGGUGUGAGAAGGAAGAUAGCGCAGAUACUACAAGGCCUGCCAAUCUGGUUCUUACUGUUCAGAAAAACAAAAUAACUAGACUAAAAAGCUUACUGGUAAUUAGUAGCUAAUGUGUUUGUAACUAUCAUGUGCCUUAAAUUUUUCAUGGUAGGAGAAUUAAAAAAAAAAAAAUCAACAAUGUGUUUUCUGUAAUACUGCUCAACAUUCUCUCUGUAGUUUAGACUGGUGGGAUUUUGCAUUGUAUUUACACUGUACUAUAAACUGAAACACUUAGAAUGGUUUGAUUUUACAAGUAUGGAGAGGAAAAAAAAGAAGGUGGAACAUGCUUUUCAUAGAACAAAUGUUACCGUGACAGAAUGUAUUACUAUUAUAGGAUCUUUCCAUAAUGCAGACAAGUAGAAUGCUUGUUAGAAACCAGGUAUGUAGGAUAACAGUUUGGUGUGUUUUCAAUAAACCAUGCCUGGAAAGAA